UAAUGUUUUUUUAAAAAAAAGACUAAACAAGCUAAACUUAGAACCAUGUUCAUGCAUAUAUAAUUUAUAAUUGAAUAAAUGAAUUUCAAAAGAAAGAAGAUAGUAUAUAAGGAUAUGAUUUGCUUUUCCUUACCAUGGCUUAGAAUACAAGAAUGUUGGGCCUUGAGACAGGGAUGGAAUGGAACUAACAAGGUCUGGAAAAAAUGUUUGCCUAUAGUUUUGCAAAUCUAAUAAAUAGAUAUUUAAAUUGAAAGGGAAGGGAGAGAAAGAAAACUUUACUUAUAUCUACCCAGGUAGAUACCACAAAAAGUAACCACACCCAGAAAUACAUAAGAGAUAAAACAAAAAAGACAAUAGAACCUCUAACUUCAGGUUUAUAUACAAAUAUACAAAGCAUGAUUCAAAAUGAACUAAAUAUUUUAAAAUAGGCUUUAUUUAUUUUAAUAUUAUUCCCCCUACCCAUGCACCUCUUUAUGUGGUAUGAUUUACUCCAUUUUACUUUUUCCUUUGUGUUCCUCUUAGUACAAUCCUCUUUUUCCACCCCUAAUUUUUUUACAGAUCAUCCUAAACAUCUUAAUACUAUACCCUCUGCCUAUGUAUAUUUCUUCUACCAACUAUAAUGAAAACAAUUUUUAAGAGUUACAGAUAUCAUUUUUAUAUAUAGAUAUAUAAGCAUUUUGACCUUAUUGAUACCCUUAAAUAUUUUCUCUUAUUUACAUUUUUAUGGUUCUCUUGAAUUUUGUAUUUGGACAUCACAUUUUCUAUUUAAAUCUGGUAUUUUGUUCAGGAAUGCUUAUAAAUCUUCUAUUUUAUUAAAUGCGCAUACUUUCUCCUGAAAGUAUAUAGUCAAUUUUUAAAUUUUUUUUUAUUUUAUUUGGUCAAUUUCAAACAUUUUUCCUUGGUUAUAUAGUCAGUUUUGAUGGGUAGAGGAUUCUUGAUUAUAGAUCCAGCACUCUUGCCUUCCAGAAUAGCAUAUUCUGAGUGUCGUGGUCCUUCAGUGUGCAGGCUACCAGAUCCUGUGUAAUCUUGACUGCAGUUCCAUGAUACCUGAAUUUUGUCUUUCUGGCCAUUUGCAGUAUUUUCUCCUUGGUCUAGAAACUCUUGAACUUGGCUAUAACAUUCCUGGGAGUUGUCAUUUGGGGAUUUAAUGUAUGAUCUGUGGAUUCUUUCAAAAUCUAUUUUGCCCUCUUGUUCAAGAAUAUCAGGGCAGUUUUCUUGGAUAAUUUCUUGUAAUAUGAUAUCUAGGUUUUUUUUUUGUUUGUUUGUUUGUUUUUUUGGUCAUGGCUUUCAGGUAGUCCAAUAAUUCUCAGAUUGUCUCUCCUGGAUGUAUUUUCCAGGUCAGUUGUUUUUUCAAUGAGAAAUUUCACAUUUCCUUCUAUUUUUUUCAUUCUUUUGAUUUUGUUUCAUUAUUUCUUGAUGUGUUGUGAAAUUAUUCACUUCUACUUGCCCAAUUAUGGAUUUUAAAGACUGAUUUUUCAUCCAUAAUCUUUUGAUUCUCCUUUUCAAUUUGGUCUAUUCUGCUUUUCAUGGCACUCUUUUCAUCAUUUGACUUCUUUGCCUGUUCUUUAAGCAGGUCAAUUCUGGUUUUUAAUCCACUUAUUACUUCAUUUGAUUUCUGUGUAUCUCUUUCCAUUUGGCCAAUUUUGCCUUUUGAGCUAUUAUUUUCUUUUUGCAUUACUUUCAUUUCUCUUUCCCAUUUUUCUUCUAUCUUACUUGGUUCUUGAACUCCUUUUUGAGUUCCCCCAGAGCUCAUGAUCAGUUUCCUUUCUUUGAGAGUUUACAUGUGUUUGCUUGUUUUUCACCCUCUCCUGGAUGCUUCUGUCUUUUGCUCUCUUUCUCUGUAGAAAUGUUCCAUGUCAAGAGCUUUUUUUUUUGCUGCUGUUUACUCAUUUUCCCACUUGAGGACUGGGAGCCCUGCAAGUUGCUGGUCAUUUCUAUCUUAGCUUCUGUCUCACAGAAUUUUGCCCUGGGGCUAUCUUCAGUUCCCUGUCUGAGACCCAGAGAGUAAUCCCAGUACUAUAGAGCUCUGACCCUCUCCUCCAGGGUCUGGGAUUUCCAGGUGUAGGUCUGAGGUUUUUUUUUUUGUUGUUGGUCUAGCCCUCUUCAUAGUGUUUUCCCCUGAGGCUGUAUUUGCUGCUAAGAGAGUUCAGUGCUAUUAAGCUUCGAAUCCCACUGCCAGGGCCUGGAGCCUCCAGGGGUAGGUCUAUGGUAUUUUUCUUUAGUGUAGUCAGCCUCCUAGUAUACAGAGGUUGCCUAGGUCCUGACUCUGUUUCUGGCUCAGUAGGUGGGAGAGGUGGUGGGCCUGUGUUUUACCUUAUGCAGUUUUGCCCCCUUAUAAUGUGGAAAUCUCUGAAAAUUUCUCUGAAGGUGGAUAUUCAUAGUUAUUUUUCAAAUAGUCUUUUGGUUGCUAUAUUUAUUUUUCUCUUGCUUCUGCUCAUUUCACUCUUCAUAAUUCCAUGUAGGCUUUUUCAUGUAUUUUUUGUAAAGGUAUUUUAUUUUACCAAUUAUGUAUAAUAACAAUUUUCCAUAUAAGUUUUCCAAAGUUAUAUGAUCCAGAUUGUUCUCCUCCCUCCCUUCUGUCCCCCUUCCAAGAGAUAGUAAGCAAUUUGAUCUGGCUUAUAUAUGAAUUGUCAUUCACAACGUAUUUCCAUAUUGUUCAUUUUUGUAAGAGAAUACUCAUAUAAAACCAAAACCCUAAAUAAACCAAAGUGAAAAAUUGUAUGCUUUGAUCUGCAUUCUGACUCCAACAGUUCUUUCUCUGGUAGUGGAUAGCAGUCUUUUUCAUAAGUCCUUCAGAAUUGUUCUGGAUCAUUGUAUUGCUGAGAGCAGCUAAGUCUUUUACAAUUUAUCAUUCCACAGUACUGCUAUUACUUUGACCGGUGUUGUACUGGUUCUGCUUAUUUCACUCUGCAUCAGUUCAUGUAGGUCUUUCCAGCUCCUUCCAAAAUCAUCCUGUUCAUUAAUUUUUACGGCACAAUAGUAUUCCAUAACUGUCAUAUACCACAAUUUGUUCUGACAUUUCCCAAUUGAGAGACAUCCCUUUAGUUUCCAAUUCUUUGUCAUUGCACAAAGAGCAACCAUAAAUAUUAUUGUACACAUAGGUCUUUUCCCCCCACUUUUUUAUCUCUUUUGGAUACAGACCUAGUAGUGUUAUUACUGGAUUAAAGACUGCACAAUUUUAUAGCCCUUUGGGCAUAGUUCCAUCAGUUCACAACUCCACUAAGAAUGCAUUAGUGUACCAAUUUUGCCACAUCUCCUCUAAUAUUUAUCACUUUACUGUCAAAUUGGUCAAUCUCAAAGGUGUGAGGUGAUAAAUCAUAAUUGUUGUGAUUUGUAUUUCUGUAAUCAAGAGUGAUUUAGAAUGCUUUUCCCCUAUUUAUAGCUUUGAUUUCUUAAUCUGAAACCUGUUUGUUUGCAUCCUUUGACUAUGUGUCCCUUGGGGAAUGGCUUAUAUUCUUAUCAUUUGCCUUAGUUCUUUACAGGUUUGAGAAAUGAGACCUUCAUUAGAGAAAUUUGUUAUAAAUUUUUUCUCUAGUCUGUUGUUUCCUUUCUAAUCCUUGUUACAUUGGUUUUGUUUGUACAAAACCUUUUAAAUUUAAUAUGGUAAAAUUUAUUCAUUUAUCAUCUUAUAAAAUUCUCUAUCUCUUAUUUGGUCACAAAUUUUUCCCUUCUCCACAGAUCUGACAGUAUUAUUCUGUGUUCCCCAAUUUACUUAUGGUACCACCCUUUAUUUCUAAAUUAUAUACCCAUUUUGACCGUAUUUUGGUAUAGAGUGUGAAAUAUUGGUUUAUACCCAAUUUAACAUUCAUUUUUAAAUAUUUUGAGCUCCCAAUUUCCUCUCCCUCCAAAUCUAUUAAACCUCCUCCACUCAUUGCAAAAGCAAGUUAUACAUGUGAAGUCAUACAAAAUAUUUUUCCAUGUUAGCUAUGUUGCCAAAAAGUGAGAAAAAAAAGGGAAAAAUAUAUGCUUUGAUCUUCACCCAGUCACGCAUGAAUUAGAGAUUUUCAUAUUAGGGGGGAAGUUUUCUCAUCACUGAAACAUGGAGAGUAACCUUGUAUAUUGAGAAGAUAUAUUUGAGAAGGAAUCCUAGGAACCAUUUGGGGAAGCUAGAAAGAGAGCACAAAGGUAAAGAUCAAUUAAAGGCAGAAAAAGAAGACAGGAAGAAGAAAUAUCUAAGAAGUUUGGGGAAUAAGACUCAAGCCUGACAUAUAGAUGUAUGAUUUUCUAGUGAGGAAGCAUAGUGAUUGUAUCUGGAUAUCUCAGCUAAAACUGAAUCUAUCAGAAUCAAAGUACCUAAUAAUUUAUUGCUUUGACAGUGAUAAUUUUAUUUGUGAAAAGGAACAGUGGAGAGAAAUAACCAGGAUUUAUGAGAGAGGAGAAGGAAUGCUAAACACAAUCUGACAUACACUCUUUAUUUUUGGUGAAUGGUUUAUAGUGUUCAGAGAAAGGAUAGGUAGGAUUUCAUGAGAAGGGAAGGAAAGAAAAGGACAUAAGCAUUUAUAUGGCUCCUACUAGAUGUCAGGCUUCUGUGCUAAGUGCUUUUUAUAAUUUAUCUCAUUUGACUUUCACAAUAGUCCUGUGAGGUAGGUGCUAUAUCCUCAUUUUACAGUUGAGGAAAAUGAGACAGAAGUUAAAUGACUUGCACAGUUAGUUAAGUGACCUAGACUGGAUUUGAAAUCAGAUGUUUCUUACUCUUAGAGUACUCCAGGCUUUAUCCACUGUACUACCAACUGAUUUAUGGAUGAAAAUUGUGCAGGGAAAGUCAGCCUAGGAAGGAUAGGAAACUCUCAAGAAUGAAAUUCUGAGGUUACAAAGAGAAAAAAAUCUGAUGAAUAAAAAAGGGAGUUGUGUAAAAAGACCAGUGUAGGUGCAUGUGAAUCUUAUUUUUCUUUUAAAAUAGCUGUGUAUACAAGAUGCAAAUAAUGGAGAAUGAAUCUGAAAGCCCAACAAGGGGGCUAUAUGAUAAAGUUAGGAGUUAGAUGGUCAUAGGAAACUAAGGACAACACAAAGGGCUUUUUGAGCUCUUUGGGAGGGGGAAGCAAAAUGAAAGAAGAAAAAGGAACCACUGCUUUGGUGUUUCAGGGACAAUGGUAAUUGAUAACAUUAAGAAGAUGAAGUUUCCUUUGCCAAGGAGGAUUAUCUUGGGACAGAAUCAGGCAUUCGCAACGUAUUUCCAUAUUGUUCAUUUUUGUAAGAGAAUACUCAUAUAAAACCAAAACCCUAAAUAAACCAAAGUGAAAAAUUGUAUGCUUUGAUCUGCAUUCUGACUCCAACAGUUCUUUCUCUGGUAGUGGAUAGCAGUCUUUUUCAUAAGUCCUUCAGAAUUGUUCUGGAUCAUUGUAUUGCUGAGAGCAGCUAAGUCUUUUACAGUUUAUCAUUCCACAGUACUGCUAUUACUUUGACCGGUGUUGUACUGGUUCUGCUUAUUUCACUCUGCAUCAGUUCAUGUAGGUCUUUCCAGCUCCUUCCAAAAUCAUCCUGUUCAUUAAUUUUUACGGCACAAUAGUAUUCCAUAACUGUCAUAUACCACAAUUUGUUCUGACAUUUCCCAAUUGAGAGACAUCCCUUUAGUUUCCAAUUCUUUGUCAUUGCACAAAGAGCAACCAUAAAUAUUAUUGUACACAUAGGUCUUUUCCCCCCACUUUUUAUCUCUUUUGGAUACAGACCUAGUAGUGUUAUUACUGGAUUAAAGACUGCACAACUUUAUAGCCCUUUGGGCAUAGUUCCAAAUUGCCCUCCUGAAUGGUUCUAUCAGUUCACAACUGCUGCCAGUGCGAUCUCAGGCAAGUGAUUUUACUCCUUUGAAUUUCAGUUUCUUCAACACCUUAAUAUGAGGGGAUUAGAUUUAACCUCAAAGAACCCUUCAAGCCUUAAAUAUGAUUUUUGCAAAAGUUAGAACAAAAGAAAUAGCUAGUGGGGAGUUGAACCCUAAGAUUAGUAGGGAGAUGUUAAGAGAGUACCAAGCUGCCCUUAAUGAGGCCUAAAUAAAUGAUUUUCUUGUAAAAAAUCUUAGAAAAUAGGGAAAGUACUUCAGAAUUAGAGGCCAAAUGUUCUGAUUUUCAAAAAUUGAAGAUUAUAGAGUUUGACAAAUGUAAUUGAUAGUGGGCUUGAUAUUGAUUCCUGGUAAAAUUCUAAUAUGCAAUUGUUUUUUUAAACCCUUACUUUCAGUCUUAGAAUCAAUAUUAAGUAUCCAGUCCAAGAAAGAAAGGUGAUAAGGACCAGGCAAUGGGGGUUAAGUGAUUAGCCCAGGGUCACACAGCCUGAAGUGCCUAAUUUGAAUCCAGGACCUAAAACCCACUAUUCAAGGGAUGAUUAGCACACAUGCAGAAUCCAAAAUUUUAAUCCCUGCUAAGUCAUCAUGAUCAGGGCAAAGCAAUUAGGGAGACUGCUGUAUUAGGGAUCCUGAGCUGUAAGGUCAGCCCCCUCAUUUUAUCGAUGAGGCGACGCACAUUUGACUUAAGCUCUCCCGUACUUUUCGCUACUGAGAUGGGGAAAGGUGAACUAGAUGGAGUCUAAAACUCAUUGAUCUGGAUCUGCUCUUUCCCACCAUAGAGAAUGAUUUUGGCUCUAGGGUCUUCCUUUACCUAGGGGGCGCUCUGUUGACCUGCGCUCUCAGUUUCCCCUUGCAAAAAGCCUUCCUAAAAUCAUUUCCGUUGACGUCACUCCGUUGGCGUCAAGGAGCAGGCGCACUGAGUGUCAGUGGUAUUUUGGGCGUUGUCUUCUGCUCCCAGAGUGCACUUCGUGCUGAGAGAGCUGCCGCGUGGUUCUCACAGACGGAGGCCGUAAGCGGUUCUUGGUCAUUUGGCGGCCUUGUCUUUGGAGGACGAAUUUCUCUAAAGCCAAUAUCCUAACAGACGAAAAAGACUGCCCCUGGGACUACAGGGGCUACGAACAAAAUGCUUUCCAAAGCAGCUGCAAAAGACUGGUCUAAUUCUAACGAAGAAAGGUAUGACCGUAGACGGGGGGAACUGUUGAAAAAUCAGCCCACAUUGCCUGAACAAUUUUUUGGGGACUUUGCGGGAAAUAUUUACGGAGUAAAGGAUGAUACUGCAGGCCCUUUGUGUGACAAAUGUGAAUUCCCCGUUAAAGUUUAUGGGCGCUUGAUACCCUGCAAGCAUGCUUUUUGCUAUGACUGUGCUAUUUUGCCUAAGGAAAAGGGAGUUAGAGUGUGCCCGGGCUGUAAUAGUUCUGUGCAUCGAAUUGAACAAUGUUUGCCGGGUUCUAUCUUCAUGUGUGACACUGUUCAGGGGUGCAAGAGAACCUACUUAUCUCAAAGAGACUUACAGGCUCACAUCAACCACCGCCAUAUGGGCGUGGUAAAACUGGUUACUCCUAUGACUGAAAAUGGCCGUGCUCCUGUUGCCUCGCCACCCACUCAAGUUAUUGAUAGUUUUAUGAUGCCUGUAGACAAGCGUUAUGCAAGCCACAUUCCUCCAGAGCAGCCCACCACGACGCCAUUACUUCCUUUUCAGUGUGCGCCCAGUGAGCAUUAUAAUCAACCACAUGAGGAUAUUCGAGCUCCUCCUGUGGAGUUCUCAAUGCUUCCACUGGAUACCGCAUCUCCUUGGGGCAGGCAGGAAACUGUAAAAAGAAAAUGCAGCAAUUUAAUAACCGUUCCUAUUCGUGAUGAUUUAAAUUUAGGCGCACAACCGCCUCCAGUCUCGGCAUUUGAUCGCCACCAUUCUGAAUUUCAGGGGCAACUAUUUUCUCGCCCUCAUCAUACUAUACCUCCCCAACAAUUUUAUGUACCACCACCAUUACCACCACCUUUUCCUCCUCCUCCUCCUCCGCUACCGCCACCGCCACCACCGCCGCCCCCACCCCCACCAGGAGCAGUAAGCCAUUCGAUGCGGUAUUCUUUCCAGGCACAAGGUACUCCUUAUGUGCGCUAUAGCCAAGUUCCUCCUCCAUCAAUGACCUCUGUUCUACCACCAGUUAACCAACCCCUUGAUCAAAUUAUUGCCCAGAUGGCACCACGUAUGCAUCAUCCUCUGCCAAGACUUCCUUCCACAUUUCGGGGAGGCCUCCCCGUAAAAAUUCGUAGACCGUACCAGUAUAAUCCUAACUCUUUUCUGCCGUUUCCUGAAAAUCAAAGACCUCUAAAUCCUUCAAUCCCACAGCCAGGAAAAAUGAAUCCUGGUAUGUGGGGUGCAUCAAGAGGACGACCUCAACUUCCACCAAUACAGAGUCCAUAUCGAGGUGCAUUUUCGGGACCAUCUUAUCCUAAUCGGAUGAGAAAUAGACUCUAUUAACAGUGAUUGAACUGUGAUGGUCUCCUUCCUGGAAGUUGAGACCUGAGAACUGAACUGAACAUACAAAAGGAGUUCGAGUGAGACACAAGAUGGAACUGAAUAUAAAAUGGGGUUUAGGGUGGGACUGAACUAAAGAUAUUGUGGAGUUUCAAAGAAUCUGUACUGUAUAUGAAAUAUGUUUGGGGGUGAGUAAAGUUACCUUGAGGCUUCAAGGGUGAAACUGAAUUGCAUAUAAAAUAGGGGUUGGGAUGGGAAUGAAGGAAAGAUUGUACAGUAUGGGUUCAAGGGUGAAACUGAAAAAUAUAUAUAAAAAAUGAGGGUUGGAGUGAGAAAGACCUGAAAUUACAGGUUUGGAGGUUUGGAGCAAAACUAAACUGUAUAAAAUGGGGAUUGGGUUGGGAAUGCCCUGAAAAUAAAGUAGGGGUUAAAGAAUAAAACUAAACUGUAUAUAAAACAGGGGUUGGGAUAAUACUGAACUGGAGAUACAGUGUGUGUUCGUGGGUGAAAACUGAACUGUAUAAAAUGGGGAUUGGAAUGGGAAUGAACUGAAAAUAAAUAGGGGUUCAAGGUUGAGACUGAACUAUAUGUAAAAUGUGGGUGGGGGUAGAACUGAACUGAAGAUACAGUUGGUGUUUAAGAGUGAAACUGAAUUGUAUUAUAAAAUGGUUAAUGGAAUGGGAAUGAACUGAAGAUAAAUAGGGGUUCAAGGUUGAGACUGAACUAUAUGUAAAAUGUGGGUGGGGGUAGAACUGAACUGAAGAUACAGUUGGUGUUUAAGGGUGAAACUGAAUUGUAUUAUAAAAUGGUUAUUGGAAUGGGAAUGAACUGAAGAUAAAUAGGGGUUCAAGGUCGAGACUGAACUGUAUAUGAAAUGGGGGGGUCAGGGUGUGAUUGAACUGAAGAUUCAGUGGGAGUUGGUGUAGGAGAAACUUUAUUCUUUAAAUAUAUUUUGAGAGAGGAGAAAUGCUCUUACAGAGGUGACUGGCAAAUACUUUGGGGGUCUUAUUACUUUAAAAUGUUUUUAAGCCUUGACCUUAGGACUGUUCCUAUUGUGGUAAAUUGCCCCAGAGUUGAUUAUUUUGUAAUAUUAUUUUUCCAUGGGGGAAGUCAAACAUUGUGCCCCUUUCAGAAGUAUUGCUUUUGUUAAUUCAGUAUUUAGUUUAUUUUUUCUUGUUGUAAAAUGUGUAAAAUGAUGAAAUUUCAUUAAGUUUGUUAAAAAGAGAACUGAGUAACCCAGUUAGAGUAAUGGUUCACUGUUCAUUUGAAAAGAAAUCUUUAGUAGAAUGACCCAGGAAUCUGUUCUUGGGUUUUUUUUUUUGGUUAUUUUAAAUAUUUUAAGCAAUAACAUAUAAAAGUUAGAGAUAGAAAGCUUACCAAGUUUUCAGAUACUGUUUUCUCUUAGAAAGCUGAGAGGGAGAGUUAACAGGAUGGAGGAUGGGAGUUAGAAUCUAGAAACAUGAAUAUAAGAUGCUUUAUUACAGCAAUACAAAUAACAUUUUUAUUUGGGUUCAAAAAUCAGCUUGAUUGGUAAGAAAUGCAGGAGACAUGAGCAGAUACAGGAGUAAAUACACUUGAAGAUGAUCUAGGUAUUUUAGUGGACUAAAAGUGUCACCAAUAUGAAUCACCAGUAUGACAGAGCAGUUGCAAAAAAAAAUCUCCCAUGAUUUAAAACUGCCUUAAGACAGGGAUAAUGUAUAGGACUAAGAAGGGCCAUCUAUCUAUAUGCUGUACUGUCCAUGGUUGAGGGCUUCACAUGGCCUACAUUUUCUAGGCCCUCACUUUCCCUAUAAUGUUAGAAACCAAAGUACUUUUCCUUGGUCUCCACUUUCCUAUGUGUCAUCUAUUCCUAUUAGCAUAUUGUAAUAAAUUCUUUUGUUAAUAGACCAAAGAAUUCUGUGUAUCCCUCUGCUGAAUGUCAACCAUUUGCUUUCCAUUGUGCUUCCUGACCCUGGUUCCUGCAUUUUCUUACAUGAAUACGUUUUCUCAAUAAAGUGUUACCCUGUUUAA